AUGCCUCGACGAGGACGAUCAGCAAGCCCACCUCCUGCGCCACAGCGAAGAGCUGCGCCACCACGCAGCAAUGUACCAGCUCACGCUCCUCCUUCAACCCCGGCUCCGGUUACUGCUCAACCUCAACAACCAUCUCUAUUUGGGCAAAUGGCAGCAACUGCUGGAGGAGUAGCCGUAGGAUCUGCUGUGGGUCAUGUGGCGGGAAGUGCUCUAACUGGAAUGUUCAGUGGAGGUGGUAGCAGUGAACCAGCAUCACAGCAAGCCACAGCGCCACCUGCGCAAUCUGCCUACAACCAAGGACAGCAGCCUCAAGGACCUUGUGCAUGGGAAAUCAAGCAGUUCAUAGAAUGUGCACAGCAACAACAUGAUCUCUCGCUAUGUGAAGGCUUCAAUGAGGCUCUGCGUCAAUGCAAAGUCAAUAACCAUAUC